AUGACCAUUCUGUUCAUUGAUAAGAAGCGAGAUGUAGAUGUGGGAAAAUCUGCAAGAACCUUAGGGGCCUGCACAUCCACCAGUCGAAGUCCGCGUGUGGUCGGAGGGCAACACAGCAGCAGCGCACAGGUUCAAAACCUGGUGAGACGCAGGAGGAUCCUAGUCAGGACUCAACCCACAGUACUAGGGACCUCUCCGCUCCUGAGCAGCCAACCGCCUCCAUGCAGAACCUCAUUGGGACACAGGCAAGUGAAUACUCAAGAUGACCCUGAGCCAUUAGCAGAAGUACCAAAGCAGAAUCGAGCAGCACCAAGCAACGCGUCAGAAGAUCGAAAGCCAAGGAUCAACUGGCCAAAGACUUCUGAUAAGGAGGCAUGGAAAGAUCUAGAUAGAGAGUUAGAUAUCAUUCUGACGUCAGCACUUCAAGGUGCAGCAGACCGGAAGCUGAUAUCCAUGACAACCUUGAUUUACACUGUCAGCAAGGAGAGGUUCGGAAUUGUCGAACAUAAACAAACCAAGACUUCCAAACAACCUAACAGAAGACAGCGUCUGAUCGAGGGUAUCAGGAAAGAACUACGGUCUCUCAGUAAGGCAUACAAGAAGGCAAGUGAGGAGGAGAGAAUUGGUCUCCAAGGACUCAGAGACAUCCAGAGAAGCCAGCUGCUUUCACUUAGAAGGGCAGAGGCGGCAAACAAGAGAAGAAAGCUGAAGGUAAGAAAAAGGGCUGCUUUUGUGGCUAACCCAUUCAAGUUCUCAAAGUCACUCUUCGACAAAGAGAAAUCCGGCAAGCUCGAGAGCAGUAUAGAGGAGGUACAGCAAUACCUUAGGGAUACUCACUCCGAUCCUCAGAGAGAAGAGCCCCUAGGCGAUUGCCCAAUAACUGAAGCAGAAACACCACCUACCACACCUCUAGACAUCAAGGAACCUACGUUCCAAGAAGUGAAAGAUGUGGUGAGAAAGGCCAGAGCCGGCUCAGCACCAGGACCUAAUGGAAUACCGUACAAGGUAUACAAAAUGUGCCCCUACCUAUUGCGCAGAUUGUGGUCACUUCUCAGAGUUAUUUGGAGAAAGGGAAAGAUUCCGGAUUGUUGGCAACAUGCAGAGGGUAUCUUUAUCCCCAAGGAGAAAAACUCCACACACAUCAAUCAGUUCAGAACAAUAUCACUGCUGAACGUUGAAGGGAAGAUCUUUUUUGCAGUCCUAUCAAGACGACUGACUUCUUAUCUGACAGCUAAUAAGUAUAUUGAUAUGUCAGUUCAGAAAGGAGGAGUGCCAGGAUUUUCCGGUUGUGUUGAACAUACCAGUGCUAUAAGCCAACUAAUCCGAGAAGCCAAGGUAAACAACAGCGAUCUAACAGUGGUUUGGCUGGACCUUGCAAACGCCUAUGGUUCUAUACCACACCAGCUGAUUGAGAAAGCCAUGAAGCAGUACUACAUUCCUGAACACAUACAAGGAAUCAUCAAUGGGUACUUCAAUGGCAUACAGCUGCGCUUUGCAUUGGGCAACAGAAUGACAUCUUGGCAAAAGCUAGAGAAAGACAUCGUCACAGGUUGUACCAUCUCCGUCGUCUUGUUUGUAAUGGGAAUGAAUCUCAUCAUCAACGCAGCCAAGAGGGAAACCCGAGGUCCUAAAACUGCAUCUGGGGUGUACCUACCAGCAAACAGAGGUUUCAUGGACGACUUGACGGUGUCAACAAAGACUCAUAUACAGGCGAGAUGGGUACUGUCAGCACUGGAUGAGGCUGCCACAUGGGCAAGAAUGAAAUUCAAGGCAAAGAAAUCAAGAAGUCUGGUCAUUAGAAAGGGGCAGACCACAAAGAAGUUCAACCUCCAGGUUCAAGGAGAGGACAUUCCAUCUAUCGUAGACAGUCCGAUCAAGUGCCUCGGAAAAUGGUAUGAUGCAAGCUUAAAGGAUGCCAACAACAUUCAGCGCAUUAAAAACCAGUUACAGGAAGGGUUGAAACAGAUCGACCAGACUGGCCUGCCUGGGAAGUUUAAGGCAUGGCUUUUCCAACAUGGGCUCCUACCCAGAUUGAUGUGGCCCUUAAUGCUUUACGAAAUAGCAACAUCAACAGUAGAAGGCUUGGAAAGAACGGUCAGCAGAUACUUACGUCGACGGUUUGGGGUCCCACCCAGCUUCAGCAACAUUGGUCUCUACAGCAGAACUAAUCAGCUUCAGCUCCCACUCUCAUCAUUGGUGGAGGAGUUCAAGGUUGCAAAGACAAGACUGGUGGUCACUCUUAAAGAGUCAAAGGAUGACUUAAUCCGAAAAGCUGGAAUUGAAACUCGGACUGGACGGAAAUGGUCUGCAAGCCAGGCAGUUAGCCAAGCCGAAAGUAGACUCCAGCACAAAGAUAUAGUUGGGACUACUGCUGUUGGUCGUCAAGGGCUCGGAUUCAUCAAAAGCCAGAGAUGGGGCUCAGCUGACAGUACCACAAAGAGGCAGAUGAUACAGAAUGAAGUACGCUUGGCAGAGGAGGAAGAAAGGAGGACAAAGCAGUUUCAAUGGGUGCCCAGGGUGCUUGGACAAAGUGGUGUACCACAGAUAGAAAACUGA